AUGAGUGGUUGGCUGUCAGAGGACAAGGGCUUUGAGCUGGAAACCUAUUCUGAUCGAUAUAAGAAGAUCAAACGGGACCGGCCCAAGUUGACGUCUGUGGUCACUCUGUCUGCGUACUACUUCCCGGAGGAGUUGAGCUCAGAAAAGGACAGGAGAGCGGCCAGCCUUGCAGCAGGCUCUUCAAAAGCUUUGGAAUCGUUCUGGAAGGAGCAGGUCGCAUCCAAGUCAGGUUUGGGAAAGCUGGAAGAGCUGGCCCAACGGGAAGAUAAUCCCCAAGAUGGCGAGGAGGGAGAUGAGGAGGAGGACAAGAAGAAGGAGGAAGCUGGUGAAGAGGACGGCAAUGAAGAAGAGCCAGUGGAAGACGAGGACGAGUAUUUCGAGAACGACGACUACAAGGGCAACUAUUUCGAUGACGAUGAAGGUUAUGACGAUGGUGGCGACGAUGGCGGUGAGGACUACGGCUUCUACUAG